GGCCAGCCCGCGGCGAUGAAGCCGUCCUGGCUGCAGUGUCGCAAAGUCACCGGCGCCGGGGGACUCGGGGGGCCCCUGCCCGGGUCCUCGCCGGCCCGGGGCGCGGGCACUGCCCGCAGGGCUUACUUGGCCCCCGGCCCGCGGGGCGCGCUCGGGGGUCGGGGCUGCCGAGCGCUGUCGUCGGCCGGCGGUGGCGGCGAGUACAAGACCCACUUCGCGGCCUCGGUGGCCGACCCCGAGAGGUUCUGGGGCAAAGCCGCCGAGCAGAUCAGCUGGUACAAGCCCUGGACCAAAACGCUGGAGAACAGAUACCCGCCUUCCACCAGUUGGUUUGUGGAAGGAAUGCUUAACAUUUGUUACAAUGCCGUUGAUCGUCAUAUUGAAAAUGGUCAAGGAGAUAAGAUUGCUAUCAUCUAUGACAGUCCUGUUACUGAUACUAAAGCAACUAUUACCUACAAAGACGUUCUGGAGCAGGUCUCUAAGCUGGCUGGUGUUUUGGUCAAGCAUGGUGUCAAAAAAGGUGACACUGUGGUUAUCUACAUGCCCAUGAUACCGCAGGCGAUGUAUACCAUGCUGGCAUGUGCAAGAAUAGGAGCCAUCCACAGUCUCAUAUUUGGGGGAUUUGCAUCCAAAGAACUAAGUAGUCGUAUUGACCAUGCAAAGCCCAAGGUGGUUGUUACAGCAUCCUUUGGGAUUGAACCCGGACGGAGAGUAGAAUACAUACCACUUCUAGAAGAAGCACUGACACUAGGACAACACAAACCAGAUCAUGUUCUCAUUUAUAAUCGUCCAAAUAUGGAGACCGUUCCCUUGGCUCCAGGUCGUGACCUUGAUUGGGAUGAAGAGAUGGCCAAAGCACAGUCACAUGAUUGUGUUCCUGUUCUUUCAGAACAUCCGCUGUAUAUUCUUUACACGUCUGGAACAACAGGGCUGCCGAAGGGUGUGGUUAGACCCACUGGGGGAUAUGCUGUGAUGCUAAACUGGACAAUGUCUUCUAUAUAUGGACUUAAACCUGGAGAGGUGUGGUGGGCAGCCUCUGACUUAGGCUGGGUUGUUGGACAUUCCUAUAUCUGUUAUGGACCUCUUCUACAUGGGAACACAACAGUUUUAUAUGAGGGAAAGCCUGUGGGAACACCAGAUGCUGGCGCUUAUUUCCGUGUGCUCGCGGAGCAUGGAGUAGCUGCCUUGUUUACAGCGCCGACUGCAAUUAGAGCCAUCCGUCAACAGGACCCUGGGGCAGCCUUGGGGAAGCGGUACUCUCUGACAAGGUUCAAAACGUUGUUUGUGGCUGGAGAACGAUGUGAUGUGGAGACCCUGGAAUGGUCCAAAAAGGUCUUCAGAGUACCUGUCCUAGACCACUGGUGGCAAACUGAGACUGGAUCCCCAAUUACAGCCUCAUGCAUCGGAUUAGGUAAUUCUAAAACCCCUCCUCCAGGACAAGCAGGAAAAAGUGUUCCGGGAUACAAUGUUAUGAUUUUGGAUGACAACAUGCAAAAACUGAAGGCUCGAUGUUUAGGAAAUAUUGUGGUAAAGUUGCCAUUACCACCUGGGGCUUUUUCAGGACUCUGGAAGAAUCAGGAAGCAUUCAAGCAUUUAUACUUUGAAAAAUUUCCUGGAUACUAUGACACCAUGGAUGCUGGUUACAUGGAUGAAGAAGGCUAUCUAUAUGUUAUGUCUCGAGUUGAUGACGUGAUAAAUGUUGCAGGUCACAGAAUUUCUGCAGGUGCUAUUGAAGAGUCGGUCCUCUCCCAUGGCACGGUAGCUGACUGCGCUGUUGUUGGUAAGGAAGAUCCUUUGAAAGGUCACGUCCCCUUAGCACUCUGCGUGUUGAGAAAAGAUAUUAAUACAACAGAAGAACAAGUUUUGGAAGAAAUUGUGAACCAUGUUAGACAGAGCAUUGGCCCUGUGGCUGCUUUUCGAAAUGCAGUGUUUGUGAAACAGUUACCCAAAACGAGAUCUGGAAAAAUUCCCCGGUCAGCUCUGUCUGCCCUGGUCAACGGCAAGCCGUAUAAGAUAACACCUACAAUUGAAGACCCCAGCAUUUUUGGGCACAUAGAAGAAGUGCUGAAGAAGGCAUCAUGA